AUGCUUCGAUUUUCAAUGCACCCAUUCGCGGGAGUGCUACACUUUGAGAUUGGUUUCAUUGAAGAUUACGAAUUGGUGGUAAUCGGUGUAGAAGGGUUUGGGGUGUUUAUUCAUGCCAAAAUGCAGAACAAUCAUCUUCCUCAACAGCCGCAUUCAUUUGGCUCAAAUGGUAGCACAUCAUCCAUUCCAAUCACAUCAUCGAUGUUACAUCCAUCAAAGGAAGACAUCGCUCUGAUGAGUCGACAGAAGGUUACACCUGAACUGAUGAAGUAUACCGAGAGGUUCGAAUUUCCAUACAUUACUGAUGUCACCAACUACGAGAAGUUAGCAAAAAUUGGUCAGGGAACAUUCGGGGAGGUAUUCAAAGCGCGUUGUAAGCGUACGGGUCGAAUCGUUGCUCUGAAGAAAAUUUUGAUGGAGAAUGAGAAGGAAGGAUUUCCAAUAACAGCUCUACGAGAAGUAAAAAUGUUGCAGAAACUAAAGCAUAAGCAUAUUACUGAACUGAUAGAGAUAUGUAGUAGCAGAGCAUCAGUACAUAAUCGAGAGCGUAGUACCUUCUAUUUGGUAUUCUCUUUUUGUGAGCACGAUCUUGCUGGUCUUUUGUCUAAUACCAAUGUUCGACUCUCCUUGGUGCAUAUAAAAACACUGAUGAAACAUUUAUUAGAAGGCCUUUAUCAAAUACAUUUUGCAAAAAUAUUACAUCGUGAUAUGAAGGCUGCAAAUGUUUUAAUUACGAAAGACGGUAUACUGAAGUUGGCGGAUUUUGGUUUAGCGAGACCUUUGUUUUCAAAAUUACCAGGUCAACCGGAACACUGUUACACGAACCGUGUUGUUACUUUAUGGUAUCGUCCCCCUGAAUUACUUCUUGGUGAACGUCAUUAUGGACCACAAAUCGAUAUGUGGGGCGCGGGCUGCAUCAUGGCUGAAUUAUGGACACGUACUCCUAUUCUGCAAGGUGAAAGUGAACAAAAGCAAUUGGCACUGAUAUCCAAUCUGUGUGGAAGUAUUAACCCCCAGACAUGGAGGGGCGUGGAAAAUUUACCACUUUACGGCAAAAUGGAGCUUCAGCAAAAUCUAAAUCGUCGUGUGGUUGAACGUUUGGAAGUUUAUGUUAGAGAUCGAAAUGCCUUGAACUUGAUUGACAGUCUCCUGGUUCUGGAUCCAUCCCUUCGUCUCGACGCUGAACAAGCUCUCGAUCAUUUGUUUUUCUUUACGCAGCCUCAUCCUGCCGCCGAUGUUGGGGACUUGAUGAGCACUAUCUCGACAAGUCUCUUUGAAUAUACAGCUGGAAGAGGCGCCCAUAGUGGACGAGGUCGCGGAGUGCACCAUCAAAAUCGUCAGAACAUUCGCCCAUCAAUGACUGCACAAGGACAAUACGUCGAUAUGGUGUUUUGA